AUGAUGCUUAAACUCCGGAUCCAAGGGAUAAAUGUGGUGCCCUAUCUAGACGAUCUGCUGAUAAAGGCAAGAUCCAGGGAUAUUUUGUUGCUCCAUAUCGACUGCACCAUCCGUCUUCUGUCCGACUAUGGGUGGAUCCUCAACUUACAAAAAUCCCACCUGGAGCCAACUCAGAGGCUCCUGUUGCUGGAUAUUGCGGCACAGAAGUGGUUUCUACCAGAGGAUGAGAACACAGAAUAUUUUGAAGCUUUACAGAAGCUAAUAGAAACGAUGUAUGAGACAUAUGCAAGCCCAGUGUCACUCAUUGCACACAGCAUGGGCAAUCUGUACACGCUUUAUUUCCUCAACCAUCAAACCCAGGAUUGGAAAAACAAAUAUAUUCACUCCUUUGUGGCUAUAGGAGCUCCUUGGGGUGGAGUGGCUAAAACUCUGCGAGUUCUUGCUUCAGGGGACAAUAAUAGAAUUCCAGUGAUCAGUUCCUUGCGGAUCCGUGACCAGCAGCGCUCAGCUGUCUCCACCAGUUGGCUUCUACCAUAUAGUAACACAUGGUCCCCUGAGAAAGUGCUUAUAAGUACUCCCAAUACAAACUACACCCUACAGGAUUACCAGAAGUUUUACAGUGACAUUGGCUUCCAGGAAGGUUGGUUCAUGAGAAAAGAAACACAAGGACUUAUAUCAUCCCUUACUCCUCCUGGGGUUCCAGUACAUUGCCUUUAUGGAACUGGAGUGGAUACCCCUGAUUCAUUCCAGUAUGAUUCUUUCCCAGACAAGGAUCCAAAUAUAAUAUAUGGACCUGGAGAUGGUACAGUGAACAUAGAAAGUGCCUUACAGUGCCGUAAAUGGCUGCACCGUCAGAAACAGGCAGUGUCUUUAGUAGAGCUUCCGGGGAAUGAGCACAUUGCAAUGUUGUCAAAUGUCACCACUAUAUCAUACAUUAAAAAAGUCCUGUUAGGUGUGUAGCCUGCAUAUCUUGAGACGUGUGAACAUCUUCCUUUUGUGUACUGUGGUAAUUGUAGUAAAUUAAUGAAUAAAUGGGUUUUCUGCAUAGGUCAAGCACAACAAAUGACCCUGAGAGUUCAUUUAUAUACUGUACAGUAUCUACAUUCUGAUUAGCCCUCAUCUGUUGACUUGUAUGUUGUGUUGUAACUCUUUUGAAUAGGCAUGCACUUGCAUUGCUAGGAGAGUUCUUCCAAUGUUCUUCCAAUUGUUUGGAUAUUGUAUUUUUCUCUGGCUGUAUUUUGUAUUGUUUAAACAUUUCCUUGUAAUAAUUUUUGAGAAAAAUGUCAAAUACUGUUUUUGUUUGUUUUUUAGUUAGUGACUUUGGUUGAAAAAAACAAAAUACAACUUUUGGUUUGAUCUUAACAAAAGAAGAUAUACAAUAGCAAGUCAUGUGAAAAUGUACUUUUGGUGUCAUCAGAAAAGUAUUUACUGUAUACGUAAAAGUGCCCAACCAUAAGAACAUUUGUGCGUUGUGAUUUUGUUGUGGAUCACUAGCACCCUAAACCUCAAUGCCAUUCCACAGUGUUCUAGAGAUGGUCUACUACUCUGUUGUUUACAUCAGUUUGUUUGAUACAUGAAUAGCUUACAAAGUUUGUUUACAUAAACUGCAUUUAGAUAUGUCUGAUUUUUUGCACACUGUACCUCAUUUCAGUUUUCAAAGAAAUCUUGAAGAUUAGCAUAUAUUAUAAAAAUAGACAUGAAGAAGUUUAAUCAGAGUUCUCACAAGUAAUGGUCACCUAUUUCCACGGUUUUCAUAAUUUUAUUUUUUUUUCCUUUUCUUGAAACUACAUUUUUCUGUGUUAUAUGGAGACAUACGUUAAAGAUCUGCCAUGCAGCAUCUAAGUAAUAAUACAGAAAAGUGGUAACAUUAAUAUAUAAUGUAGUAAGAUGCACUUUUUAGUAUAUUUUUUGUUUUGUUUUGUUUUAAUUUCUACUCCUUAUGACUUUAAAUUGCAAAAACUAAUGCAACAAAUUGGGUCCUAUCUUAAGCACAAACUGCCAAAUUUCUAUACAUGUUCCAGGUUUUCCUACUCUCUUGUGUAUAGGAAUCUCUUUUGUCAGAAAUCCUGUUUUUAAUUCAGAAAUGUUUGCCUCUUGUGCCUAAAUAUUGUAAUAAAUAUGUUCAACUUC